AUGUUUAACCUGUUUGUGAUAACCAACCUGAUAUGUCUAGUGGGUGGCACCACAUAUCUAACCACCAAUAGUCACAUUGAGAUGCCUAUAUACCAGAAACGUCCUUUGAGCGAACAAAUGGAGAUGAUUGAUAUCCUGGAUUUGGGUGACCGACCAAGACGUCAAGCAGAGCCCAAUCUGCACAACUCAGCUUCGAAAUUCCUGCUGGAAGUGUACAAUGAGAUUAGCGAGGACCAAGAACCCAUAGAGGUUCUCCAUCAGCGCCACAAACGUUCUCUGGACGAUGACAUUCUGAUUUCCAACGAGGAUCGUCAGGAGAUUGACAGUUGCAAUAGCAUCCUUACAUUUUCGAGUCAAGUAAAGCCCGAGGAACUGGACAACGAGUUGGAUAUGCACAUAACCUUCAAUACCAACGAUGUGCCAAUGGAUUUGAGCUUGGUUCAGGCCAUGCUAAGGAUAUACAAGCAACCCAGUUUGGUGGAACGGCGAGAGAACUUCACUGUGUCCGUGUACCGAAAACUGGACAAUCGUCAGGACUACUCCUAUCGCAUCCUGGGCUCCGUGAACACCACAUCAAAUCAGCGUGGCUGGUUGGAAUUUAAUUUAACGCAAACUCUAAGGACAUGGUUAUUCAAUAGUAGGGGUUUGCCGCGGCGAAAUGAGCUGAGAAUAUCCAUUGGUGACUCUCAAUUGAGCACCUUUGCCGCCGGAUUGGUGGCUCCACAGGCCAGUCGAUCCAGUUUGGAACCCUUCAUCGUCGGCUAUUUUAAUGGACCCGAGCUCUUGGUGAAAAUACAGAAGCUUCGUUUCAAAAGGGAUCUGGAGAAGCGAAAAGCUGGUGGAGGAAACCCACCACCUCCUCCACGGCCACCCGUCGAUUUAUAUCGACCACCGCAGACCUGCGAACGCCUCAAUUUCACCGUGGACUUCAAGGAGCUGCAUAUGCACAACUGGGUGAUAGCGCCCAAAAAGUUCGACGCUUACUUCUGCGGCGGUGGCUGCAACUUCCCGCUGGGCACCAAAAUGAAUGCCACCAACCACGCCAUCGUCCAAACUCUGAUGCACCUCAAGCAACCACAUCUGCCCAAGCCCUGCUGCGUGCCCACAGUUCUAGGAGCCAUAACUAUCCUGCGAUAUCUCAACGAGGACAUCAUCGACCUCACCAAGUACCAUAAUGCAGUGGCCAAGGAGUGCGGAUGCCAUUAG